AAUCGACGAAAAACGAACGAUUUAGUAUUUUGUAACGGCCAACAGUAACAAAAUAACUGUAAGUUGUAACCGACUUGUUUAGUCGUUAUAUUAAAUUUACUAUUUUCUUCAUCUGUUCCGAGUCUACAUGCGAUGCGUCUCAUCAUCAAUCGAUCAGAACACAAGCGAGUAGCAGAAGACAGUGAUGUUAGUGCCGUUGGCAGUGAUCAACAGGCAGUACACCUGUUGCCGUGCAAGAUUCACACUACCAAAUCAGAUGGUGACCGCCAGACAUUGACAGCGCCGGUCGACCGAUAUUUUAAUCCGUACAAAGCCGCAAUGGAUGAUGAAGACGCAUUGUGGCAUGCAUCAUUGCGUGGUAAGCCACUGACAGGCGUCAAACUCAGUAUGCCUGAUGGAUAUGUUGGUGUAUUGUGCGUCGGCGAGGAUAGCGAUGCCACUCAUAGUACAGUUGAUGAUUCUACAGCUACAGUAAAGUCAGUUACAGGGGAAGUAACUCAGGAGUUGAUGUACUGGAAUUGGGACCGCAUUCCGACGCGUGAAGACCCAUUGCUGUCAGCAUUUGACUGGGUUCGGGUAUCUGAAGCUAUUAUGACCAACAACGACUGACAUUUUUAUUUUAUAUGUUUCUACAUUAAUGUUUGCGUGAUAUUCAAUUUAUUUUUCAUUACAAAGAUGUA